UGACGGACUUCCGGUAUCGGCGAAAUUAAAAGCCUAUUUCCUUCGCGCUAAAAUACAUUGUUUUCGUGCAAUUUUAGUAGAUACAUGUUUCCUGUCAUCAUCUGAUUUUCAUACACUUGGAUUAAAUACACGUCUAGUAUUUUUUUAUAUUUUUUUCUCGUUGGUGGUCAAUCUGCUAACAGCCUUUUCUUUAUUUUAUUAACCAGCCUUUUUCUUCUGCUGACGCAAAGAUGGCGGAGGAGGAGAAGAGUGUUGAGCCUGUAAAAGAGAAAAAAGAGCUGCAAAUUGUGAAGGAGCUCGUGGAUGACCUGUAUAAUUUCAGAGACAACUAUUUUGAGACUCACAGUGUGGAGGAAGCUGGGAGGAAACAAAACGAUGUCGCACAGGAGAUGGAAAAGACACUGAAGAAGCUGGAGGAAAAAGAAGAUCAAUUAAAACACAAAGCAGAGUUCCUGCUGCAGAAGGGCAGGUGUCUGAACGUGUCUCCUGACUUCAGCGCCGUAGCAGAAGAGUGCCUUUCCCGCGCCGUGAAGCUGGAGCCAGGCCUGGUGGAGGGCUGGAACACACUGGGGGAGCAGUACUGGAAAAAGGGAGACCUGACUGGGGCCAAGAACUGCUUCACAGGAGCCUUGCAACAGAGUAAGAACAAAGUGUCACUACGCAACUUGUCUAUGGUGCUGCGACAGCUGCCGACGGCGAACAGCGAAGACCACAACAAGCACGUGAUGGACAGCGUGGUCUUGGCCCGUGAAGCGGUCCAGCUUGACGUCACAGACGGAACGUCCUGGUACAUCCUGGGAAAUGCCAAUGUGUCCCUGUUUUUCACCAGUGGACAGAAACCACAGUUGUCUCAACAAGCUAUGAGUGCCUAUGCACAAUCUGAGAAAGUGGAGAGAGCUGCCUCUUGUUACCCUGAGCUGCAUUACAACCGCGCCACUCUCUUCCAGUACGAGGAGAUGUUCGGGUCUGCGCUUGAAGGCUACAGCCGAGCAGCGGCGCUGGACCCGGGCUGGGAGGAUGCUCGGGUGAGAGAGAAGCAGCUGCUGGAGUAUCUGCGGAAAGUCACAGAACUCCUACAGAACAAGGGGAAGGUGAAGGCGCGCCGGUUAAGGACGAUGCUCUCCAACCUCAGCACGUCGGCCCUGGGCCCCUGCGCCUUGCCUCAGUUCCGUUCCCCGACUGGCCGCAUCGGCAGCCUGGAGCCCCGGACUCUUUCCUCCCUCACGCACGGUCACAACGCCGGGGUGGCCGCCCUGGGGAAGGUGGUGUUCAGCCUGGCUUCUGAGGGUCGCAUGGCCUUUACAUUUGGCAUGGUGGACAGCGAGGAGUCGUGCAUAGUGGUGAUGGUGUACAACACAGCGGACAGUUGGGGCGUCCUGAUUGGAGACACUGUAGUCAUUCCUGAACCGCAACUCAAACGAAACGGCAUAACGCAUAAAGACGAGUCAUUUGACUUCAGAAGUAUCCGAGUGGACUCUCCGCUGCUCCUCAUCGUCAACGGCAAGAAACAAAGCGUCCAAAGUCAGAUCGCUGCCUCCGUCAGCUACACACGACAGAGCGAAUGAGACGCACGCGCAGCAGGAAGUGCAGCAAGAGGACCAAUUCUUUUUCUCCUGGAUUUUUGAAGUUCUGAUGAUUGCGGAAGUGUUAAGAUUCCAAAAUUCGUGCCUGUUUUAUGUGUUGUUUUGUAAAUAGAGGUCAUCCUGUUACUUAGUCUUUAGAUAGACACUUUGUUUAUAUUUAUAAAUAUUGUUUUUUUUGUACUCUCUAGUUGUGGAGACAACACGGAGGUCAUUUUUUUGUAAAUGAAUGAACAUUUGAUGAUUAAUAUGAUGUCAGACUUAUGACUUUAUCCUGAACAAAUAAUUGGACCGUUUAUAUAUUGUUUUAAAACAGCAUCGGAGUCCCCAAAAAUAUACGUAAGUAAAUAAUUUACUAUAGUGUAAAUUAAUUAUUUUCCGGCAGACACUUUGGAACAUCAUAGUAGGUGUAAUAAGAAAUAUUACCUGUAGUUCAGCUCUAUUCAAUUGUGUGCACAAUACCAGGCCAAAAAACAGCUCAAUAAAUAAUACGUUUGAUUAUUUACAUCUGUCAAUAUUCAAGUCUAGACCUCAUUGGGUCACCUUAUGCUUCCAAUCAACAAGCAACCGCUUUGUGUUUGCAUGACAGACCACCUACUGUUAUUCAUUAAGUAGCAUUAUAUGCACUGCAUCAGUUCAGGAACAUGUUUGAUUUCAUUUCUUCUGACUGUUUUUCUUAUCUUUUGGACCACAAAAAGCAACCCGUUGUCUUUACUUAGAUAAGCCUCAACUUCUUAUACUUUUUUUUUUAUUCGUCUGUUUUUCACUAGAAGCAGGUAGAGCUCUUUCUCAUUUGAACUGGCGGAAUCUUAGAUAACAAAUUCGACUGCAAGGGAGUGUUUUUAGGAAACUGUUUAUAUUGUUUUUACAAUGUCUUGCCAAGUAAUUCUUUACAUACUUUUUGGAAGGUUGAAUAUAGGAUUUCACUCCUAGUUUAGGGUUAAUACCAACAGAAAUUACAAAAAUGAACUCAGGGCAAACACUGCCAACAGAAAUAAAUAUUAGAACAGUUAAUGUUUCACCGUUGUUAUGAAACAUGUGGCCAUCUCAGUGCUUCUUGAAGUCUGGACGGCCUCUACCUGGCGGGGGAGCUGUACUAGAAGAAGCUUUUUGCUCCGUCAGCCUCCAGGCAGGAGAAGAAUUGACUGUCCCCAUCGGGGGCCACGGAGAGGAACUGUGGGCUCCUCUGGGGAGUUCCCCGCCGAGCCAUGCCUGCGUCACACACAAGGGGGUUGACGGAUGUUUCUCUUUGUUAUGCUGGUUUGAAAUUCCCUUACACUGACAAUCGGCUCAUUACUCCUACUGUUUUUUCUUAAUGACCACUUCUCUACAAAACACCUACAGCUGUGUUUUCCUUUGUCUUCAGUUUUAACAUCAUUCUCUCUCUGCUUCCUUCCUCUUGCCAUUCGUCAGUUGUGAUGUGACAACUGAUUUAAUAAAAGCAAGUUUUUCCUGACAAAGUCAGUGAUUUACACUGA